UUGACAUCAGGAGCGAAAGGAUUCGGCUACAAGGGUAGCAAGUUCCACCGUGUCAUCAAGGAAUUCAUGAUUCAAGGUGGAGACUUUACUCGAGGAGAUGGUACUGGAGGAAAGAGCAUCUAUGGUGACAAAUUCCCCGAUGAGAACUUCAAGCUAAAACACUACGGCCCUGGAUGGGUCAGCAUGGCCAAUGCUGGAAAGGAUACAAACGGAUCACAGUUCUUCAUAACCACUGUCAAGACACCUUGGCUGGAUGGCAAGCAUGUGGUGUUCGGAAAAAUCAUAGAAGGAAUGGACGUCGUGAAAAAGAUCGAGAACACCAAGACGGAUGGUAGAGACAAGCCCUUGAAGGAUGUCAUUGUGGCGGACUGCCGGGUGAUUGUUGUGGAGAAGCCCUAUGCCAUUGCAAAGGAGUAG